AGACGUACAUGCUUCACUAUCUUUCAUAAAAUCCAGAAGAAUUGAAUACUAUAAAUGUAUACAACAAACAAGAUUUGGUUGCUUUGAAGGUACUCCCAGUAUCUGCCCAUAUAAGAGCAUCAUUAAUGCAGUUUCUAAGAUGAGUUUUUAAACAAAAGAAGGCAUUUAAGUAAAUCAAAAAGAAAAGAAAUAAGGAUAACCGAUCCUUAAUUAAGCGUUUUUGAAACCAAUCGCAAAGGGGACUCUUAUUACACGUGUCAGCUUUUGUGAUUUUUUUUUCCUUUCUUCCCCCAAAUCGAUUUGCGAUGGCCGACGAAGAUUUCCAGUCUCGCGUCGAGAGGAUCUUCGGAUCUCUCGCCUUCUCCCGCUCCACGUCUUCUACUACCUCCACGUUUUCCGCAGCGGCGUCUUCUGUGCCGCCGCUGCGGAAAACGCAAUCGGGCUAGGUGUGGUCUCUCUCCGGCGCAGAAGUGGAGAAGAGGGAGUGGAAGCGAGAGCAGCUCGCUUCGUACGAUAGGGAAGAGAUGCCUUGUGCGUCAUCGUUCGACGAGAUUCUGAGGCAGCAGAGGAUCUCGAGCACUGAUCGGAAGGAGGGUGAGGAAGGUGGUGACGAGGAUUUUGGUGAUGAGGAUGAUGAUUGGAGCAUCAGAGCAUCCAUGGGCCUUGACCGUACUCUCGAUGAUGAGGACGAAGAAGAUGAGUAUGAUAAGAUCGCACUAGGGAAAGAGGAUGGUGGUAAAGGCGUGUCUAUGGAAGAUGCCAUUUCGAGACCUUGUGGUGUGCGGAUUCGGGACCCUCGUGCUAACCAUGCUGCUGUAAAAAUGAGGUUGAAGGAAGAUGAACUCGAGGCCAACAAGUAAGGUUUUCUUGUUUAUGUUCUUCUUAUUGAGUAAGUGAUUUUUUUCGAUUCUUCUAAAAAUUUUAAUUUUUUUUUAAGAACUCUUAAUUAAGAAAUUCUCAUUGGACCACUCAAAAUGAAAGUUUCUUAACUAGAGUUCUUAAGUCUAUUUAAGUACAUUUAUAUAAUUAAAUAAUCAUUAAGAAAUUCAAGUGGGUUUCAUGGGAUAAUCAUGCUCUAAGCUGUUGGAAACAAAUAAAUAUAAACUUCCAAAUAUCUGCCCAUAUUAAGCUGUUGGAAACAAAUAAAAUAUAAACCUCCAAAACCACCAAUUUCAUACUUUCUUUGCUGGCAUUUUUCUUAAAUUAAAUCAAAUAAAAAUAAAAGAGAAUAGAAGAACAGAAAAGGUUACGUGUCCAGUGUCAGUGCUACGUGUUGGUAUGGGAAAAUAAAGAAACAUAGAU